UCACUUCACAAACCAAAAUGGCGUCCGUUCAGAACAGGGGCCGGCGACACAAGUGGGCGAUAGACUUCAGUCACAGGAGAGGUGAUCGUCAGGUCCAGCCAGUGUCAGACCUACCGUCCCCCGUCGGGUACACGGACAAAACUGUGUCUGACGUGUCAGCCAGGGACAAGGACUCCAGUCUGGUCGCCAAGAGAGCCUGGGAUGUGGCCCUGGGUCCCCUGAAACAGCUGCCCAUGAACCUGUUCAUCAUGUACAUGUCCGGUAACUCCAUCUCCAUCUUCCCCAUCAUGAUGGUCGGGAUGAUGUUCAUACGACCCGUGCAGGCCUUCCUCGCUGUCAAGAGCACGUUCAAGAACUUUGACGGCUCGCAGGCGUUGGCUCAGAAAUGCGUGUACCUUGUGUCCAACCUGUUGGCGCUGGGUCUGGCCCUGUACAAGUGUCAGGCCAUGGGACUGCUCCCCACACACUCCUCCGACUGGCUGGCCUUCAUGGACCCACAGCAGAGAGUGGAGUAUUCCAUGGGAGGCAUGGUGGUGACAUAGAAGAAGAAUUAGGAAAAGACAAUUUCAAGAACAUCAGAGCCUUUAAAUUCUUUACCCAUUGUAUUGUAAUUUACUAAACUACGAGGUCCUCACAAUCACGAUUCACACAGUUUUUGUACCAUGGUAUCAUAUACACUGUACAUGUGGCACUGGUCUAUGCCACCCCCCAAUAUUGGAUGUAUCAUCUUUUAUUUAUUGAGAUUUUUUUCCAAUUUGUGGAAGGAUUGACAUAACAGGUGACUGUCACCUUAUCAAGAUGUCAACCCUGAGACCAGGGUCUUCUAGAUACUCGAACCCAGAACCUUCAGAUUCUAAGUCAACAACCCUAACCACAAGACCACUUUGUCACCAUUGAAUGUUGUUUGCGAAGUUUUCCACAAUAUCUUCUUUGAUUGACAAGUCAGUAAAAUCCAAUAGUAACAAUACUGUUCAAACAUGCAAAGAAAGCUUUAAGAGAAAGUUUUAGUCAGGACAAAGGGCAUUGCCUAAAACUGGUUCAAUAAAUGUAUAUAUAUAUUGAUAUCAGGCAAUACAGGGUUCUGCAAUGUAA